AUGAAUGUCUGGAAAAUUAACAUCAACAAUCUUGGUUCUGAUACCACUAUGAUUCAGUGCAAUGGAACUUCAUCGAGUUCUUAUGCAUAUUACUCCAAGAUUACUGUAAAGGAAAAGUUUGAAUUGGGAUCUUUGUUUAAGCGUUCUGUAAAUUAUUCCUGGGUUAGAAGGGAUGGAUCAGAAUGUGGACUUGCCUGCAAAUCUCUAAGAAUUCCAAGAUGCGUGGAGAAGAAUAGGAGACUGGAAGCGAGAAAUUUUACUGAAGGACAAGAAGCUUUGGUGGUAAAAUCAUGGAAUGUAAUGAAGAAGAAUGCUGGAGAAUUGGGUCUUAAGUUCUUCUUGAGGAUCUUUGAGAUUGCACCAUCUGCAAAAAAUAUUUUUCCAUUUUUGAAGGAUUCUGAGGUUCCUCUGGAGCAGAAUCCAAAGCUUAAACCCCAUGCCGUGACUGUUUUCGUCAUGACUUGUGAAGCAGCUGUACAACUUCGCAAAGCUGGUAAGGUCAUCGUGAAAGACUCAAAUUUGAAAGAUUUGGGAGCUACUCACUUCAAAUACGGUGUGGCCGAUGAGCACUUUGAGGUGACAAAGUAUGCAUUGCUGGAAACGAUAAAAGAAGCAAUUCCAGAAAUGUGGUCGCCGGAGAUGAAGACGGCGUGGGGGGAAGCUUAUGAUCAAUUGGCAGCUGCAAUCAAGGCAGAAAUGAGGCAACCUUCAUAA